UUCCUGUAGAUAAGUCAAGGACAUUUAGAAAUCCUUAUAUAUAGUAAGAGAAAAACUUGCAAUUUUGUAUAACUCUUGCUGUUUGCAGACGAGUGGUAAGUUAUCCAAAUUUCUCUGACAAGCGUAGGAAAGACCUUUUUCAUCAUGAAUGUUCUGGUUGUUUUUUCAGUUUUUUGCCUUUUCACCAGUGGCUUAGCUACCUUUGAUAACUUGUACUAUCAACCAUCCUCCUACAUCAGCAGUUAUGGAUACCCAUCAUAUAGCAGCUCUUACGGCAGCUAUGGUAGCUAUGGUAGCUCCUACAGUCCAUUGUCAUAUGCCUCGUAUUCGGCACCAGUUUCAUAUGCUGUGAGUAAACCAGUCACCUAUGUCAAAGAACACACAGCCCCUGCUGUUUCUUACAUCAAGCAGUAUGCAGCACCUGCGGCCGUCUCUUACGUCAAAGAGCAACACGUAGCACCUGCUACCGUGUCUUACGUCAAGGAGCAUCAUGCACCUGCCACAGUCUCUUACGUCAAGGAGCAUCAUGAACCUGCCACAGUCUCUUACGUCAAGGAGCAUCAUGCACCUGCCACAGUCUCUUACGUCAAGGAGCAUCAUGAACCUGCAGUUUCAGUUCAGCCCGUGUCCUACGCUGUCAGCAAACCCGUUACGUAUGUCCAGAAGUAUUCUGCGCCUGCCGUUGCAGUUCAGCCCGUUUCCUACUCUGUCAGCAAACCUGUUACCUACGUCCAGAAGUACUCUGCUCCUGCAAUCUCUUACGCACCUAAGAGAGUCUCUUAUGCUGUGAGAAGUGCUCCCAUCACGUACACCACUGUUAGCAAGCCAGCCACUACAUACACGAAAACCUACACAGCACCUGCUGUCACUUCAGCCUCCUAUAUCAGCAGGCCCAUCAGUUAUGCCAAGACCUACACAGCACCCACCUCUUACGCUUAUUCUUACCCAGUAAGCUACAGUUAUGGAGGUGGACUUGGUGGCUACAGUUAUGGAAGUGGACUCGGAGGUUACAGUUAUGGAAGUGGACUUAGUGGCCUUAGUUAUGGAAGUGGACUUGGAUACAGUUACGGAAGCGGACUUAGCAACAGCUACGGAAGCGGACUUAGCCACAGCUACGGAAGCGGACUUGGCCACAGCUACGGAAGUGGGCUUGGUGGCUACAGCUAUGGAGCAGGGCUUGACUACGGAAAUGGCUAUAACUACUUGGGACAUUAUGCUUACCCUCAAGGCUAUUAUUCCUAUUACAAAAAAUAAACGAUUACUCUUGAUAUGACUGGCUUUGACAUUAUCUUCAAAAUUCCUGCAGCAGCGAACUGGCAAAAAAUCAUUAUGCAAAACUGAAAGAAUUUUAUAAUUUAAAAACAAUAAAUAUUUUUUUUUCUGUUA